AUGGACGAAGAACAAAACGCCAAAUUCGCCAUCCACGCGGCGUGUCGCGAGGGACAGACCCUCAAAGUCGAAUCCCUCCUCGCCGCCGACCCCCGUCUCUCCACCCUCCGCGACCCCGACGACCGCCUCCCCCUCCACUGGGCCGCGUCCUACAACCGCCUCCCAAUCCUCGACCUCCUCUCCGACCUGAAAUCCUUCGACCCGGACGUCCAAGAUGGAGCCGGCUGGACCGCCUUGAUGAUGUCCUCCUCCCUCCGCGAUGGCGACAGCGCAGUCGACCUCUUACUCUCCAAAUCCGCCGAUCCCUCCAUUGAAACCCACCUUGGUCAAACAGCGCUACACUUUGCUUGCUCCAAGUCCAAUCUCGACACCGUGAGGAAGUUACUCGCACACGGCGCGAGCGCGAGGGUGAAGGAUAAAAGGGGACAAUUGCCGCUCCACCGUGCUGCGGCGGUGGGGAAUGUGGCGGUGUGCAAGGUUUUGCUGGGAGAAGGGAGGAGUCCGUUGGAUGCGACGGAUGUGGAUGGCUGUGCGGCGAUUCAUCAUGCGGUUGCGGAGGGGCAUGGGGAGGUUGCGGUGGAGUUGUUGAGACGCGGGGCGAGGAGUGAUGGGAGGGAUGGGAAUGGGAAGUUGAUGAUUGAGUUGGCGCCGGAUGAGAGGGUUAGGGGGUAUGUUUUGAGGAGGGCGGAGGAGGAGGGGUUGGAGGUUGUGAGGAGUUGAUGGGGAGGGGGAUGCUACGAUGGAUGGACCAAGGGUCUUCAGACUCUUCACGAAUAUGGGUCUGGCAAGGUCUUCUGCAUCCCAGUCGACGCCAUGGCAGAUCAAAGAA